AUGAGCUCCUCACUGUUGCGCCCCCAGACCCAUCUCCCGCCGAGCGUAGCUGUCCAGCUCUCGCAACAAGCUCCAUUUAUCCUCCGCAACACGCCCUCAGCCAUCUCCCCAUACUCCCUCAGCUCUCUCUGGUCCGCAGCCGAAUCUCCAGAGCUAUGGAUGACUUACGAAAACCUUAUGCUAUCAUGCCUGCGUACUGGCGAUGAGCAAUCUGCGCACCUAUGCCUGGAAAGACUGACGGAGCGGUUUGGGGCCAGCAACGAACGGCUGAUGGCACUCAGGGGGCUAUUCCAGGAAGCUACAGCACAGGAUGACGCGGCGCUCAAAAAGGUGCUCCAGCAGUAUGAGAAGAUCCUGGCAGAUGACCCGAGUAAUAUGCCUGUGUCGAAACGUCGAAUUACUCUUCUGAAGUCAUUGAAAAAGAUCCCAGACGCUGUCACGGCCCUCACCCAACUCCUGGACGCGUCUCCCAUCGAUGCCGAAGCCUGGGCGGAGUUGUCCGAUCUUUAUUUUUCGCAGGGGAUGUAUCCGCAGGCGAUUUUCGCUUUAGAGGAAGUGUUGUUGAUCGCUCCAAAUGCGUGGAAUAUGCAUGCUCGACUCGGCGAAGUCUUAUACGUGGCGGCUGCUGGUAAUGAGGGCGGUGCAGACAAGCAGCUUGCAGAAUCGAUGAGGCGAUUCUGCAGAAGCAUCGAAUUGUGUGACGAUUAUCUACGUGGAUAUUAUGGGUUAAAGUUGACGACCAGUCGCCUCCUGACGACGCCCCCGGCGAGUUCCAGGCAGUCCAAGGCAGAUACCGGGCUCCCGGCGCCAGAAGUCAAGGCGGUAGAGCGUCUGAGUGAGUUGGCCACUGCAAAAUUGUCUGAAAUAGUGCGACGCAACGUCAAUGGGGAAGCCGGAUGGGAAGGAUACGACAAGGCGGACAUUAUUGCCGCGCAGGAAUUGCUCAAUCGGGAGGCGAAGCCAAUUACACGGUAA